AUGGAAACAACGGAUAGAAUCAGUGAAUUACCUGAUGGGUUAAUCCAUCACAUCUUUUCUUUCCUUGAUAUUACAGAUGUUCUACAAACCUGUACUCUAUCAAGAAGAUGGAGGUAUCUUUGGCUUUCUCUACCUACUAUAAAAAUAGACGAUUUUAAUAUUUGGGAUGAGGAUGAUGAUUUUGUCUCAUUCAAUAGAUUUAUAAAUUUUGUGGAUAGAUUGCUACUUUUGCGUGAUAGUAGUUCAGAGAUCCAAACCUUCAAACUGGUAUGGGGAAACGUUACUGUCUAUCUACAUGACUUGGCAUUGCAGUAUGACGUAUCAAGUCGUCUCGCCUCAUGGAUCAUGGCUGCUGUUAAGCACAAUCUUCAAGAGCUAAUUACUUACAUCUUUGUAGAUCAGACGAUUAAGUUGCCUGGCAGUUUAUUCUCCUGUAAGUCAUUGACAAAGUUAGAGUUUUCUGGUGGUAGUAGGUACUUGACAGACUUGGUUCUGCCAAAUAUUACAGUGUAUAGUUUCCCCCGACUAAGAUAUCUGGCACUUAUGAGAGUCUCACUGCUUGGCGAUGAAAGCUUAACCAUCUUAAACACUUUGAAUCCGACAAUUGCACCAAUGGUCAACUGA